AUGUGCGCUCUGCCCCCAGUGGAUCUCGGGCAGAGCGCGCACAGGUUGGGCCUGCAGUCGGCCCUUCUUCAAAGUCGGUGAGUAGGCCGCAGGCCGCCAGGGUUUUCAGUCGGGGGUUCGGGGGGUCGGGGCUCAGAGCCAGGCCCGUCUUCCAUUUCACACAGCCCCCCCCUUCUCCUCCUCCCCUCUCUGUCUCCCCUGGGCUUGCCUCUGCCGCACUCCCACCACCCUCAUCCGCCCAUCCUACCCCCCUGCAUCCUCUUUCACCCCCUCUACCUUUACCUAGGGCCCAUGCUGCCCCCUCUGGGGCUACUUCUGUCAUGGCUGUCCCACUCUCUGGUUCCCCUGUCCCAUCUACUAAUCUGGCAGGGUUGCUCCCCCCUACUGUGUGUCCUCCAGCACCUGGGAUGGGUGGGCAGGGUUUUUCUCACCUGUCCUGUCUUCACAGAUUCUUCCUGGUCAGCUCGCGAACCGGUUCCCUGACGCUGUGUCUGGUGCGGUGCUUCCUGCGGUCGCAGUUCCCUCGGGGCCAUCGCAGGCUAGUGCGCAAGUUGCGGUUCCGCUGCUACCCUCGAAUUCGGCUCCUGCCGGUGAGUAUUCCGCUUUCGCCGGAUUAGAUCCGGGGGGCGCUGGCGCACGCGAGUCGCAAGAGUGGGGUUCGGUGCUCCAAGCUAUAAAGAAUGUUCUUGUAACUCUUGAGCGGGGAUCUCGCCCUGGGGCCCCUCCCCCAGUGGCCGUGGAUAGCCAACUUCGGGCGGGCUGGGCUAGUUGCGCAGGGUGUGAUUUUGCGGGGGUUGCAGCGUCAGUACCCGACACUUCUAUACAGGUCACCACCCCCCUGGCUUCGGCGCCACCGCUAGUGACAUCUGAGUCCUCUGUGAGUGCUACUGGGGACGCCGCGGUUGUCUCGGGUUUAGGGGUAGCACCCGCUGCGCAUGGGGCAACGUACAUGUGCUGGUCAGGCCCCCUGGGCCUCCACCUGACGCCUGAUUUGAGGGCUAAAAUAGAAAAAGGGGAAUUCGUAGAAAUUUUUUCCCUCCUCCCUUUGGAAGAUCUUCCUCGGGUGGAUACGGAUGCUAAAGAGUCUGAAAAAGACAAAGAGAAGUUUCGGUAUCGGAAGAUUCCGAAAACUUUUGGUAACUGGAUUAGGGCCUUUUCUAUCCUGGCUGGCGUGAUAGGUGAAAAGACUCCCAGUAAAUGCUCUUCCCUGUUUUGCUACCAGGACAUGAUAUGGAACGCUUGUCGGGUUUAUGGCGGGUUAGGGUGGUGGCGGUAUGAUGAACAGUUCCGCCAACGUUUGGCGGUUCGCCCUUCCACGAGUUGGGAUCAAAUGGACAUCGGCUUGUGGUUGGCCAUCAUGACCCGCCCGGCUUCGCAUCAAGGGGGCCUUUCGUCCUUUCUUGGGGGGGCUGGGUCCUCAUCUUCAGGAUCGGCCAGUCAGCGGAAGACUGGGUACUGUUGGCAAUAUAAUGACGGCCAAUGUAAGUUCGGUCCCACCCAGCAUCAAAAUGCUUUAAACGUGGCAAGACCGGCGACAAAUGAGAUGCCAUGGGCGCUAAGGGCGAGGACGCCAGUGGACGUCGACGCGAUGCGCCCUUGGCUAAAGCGUUAUAGCAAUAAGAAGGCGGCUGCCUUGUUAUUGCAGGGUUUUGGCCAAGGGUUUUGGAUCCCUCACCGGGCCCGGCAGGUCUCCGGUUUCUGCCGGAACCUGAGAUCAGUUGCCGAUCACCCGGGGGUGGUCAGGGAAAAAUUGGCUAAGGAAGUAGCGUUGGGUCGCAAGGCAGACCCCUUUCGGGAACCUCCACUCCCCGAUUUGAGGGUUUCACCACUAGGUGUGGUGCCUAAAAGGGAACCAGGCAAGUUUAGGCUGAUUCAACAUUUAUCGCACCCACAGGGGGGCUCGGUGAAUGAUGACAUUGCCGCUGAAUUGUGCCGUGUUUCCUACGCGUCCUUUGACGCGGCGGUGGAUAUGGUCAGGGCUGCUGGCCCCGGGGCACUUAUGGCAAAAACUGACAUUGAGUCGGCUUUUCGCCUCCUACCGGUUCACCCGGAGUGCCACCACCUCCUGGGUUGUAUAUUCGAAGGUCAUUAUUACGUGGAUAUGUGCCUCCCGAUGGGUUGUGCGAUAUCCUGUUUUUAUUUCGAAUGUUUCAGCUCCUUCAUGGAAUGGGUAGUUAGAGCAGAAUCCGGUUACGAUUCCUUGCUUCACUACCUAGACAAUUUUUUAUGCGUUGGCCCUGCGCGCUCCCCAACAUGCGCGCAACUUCUGCAAGCAGUGGCGGAUGUUGCUUGCGAGUUUGGAGUGCCGCUGGCACCGGACAAAACAAUUGGCCCUUCUACGUGCCUGUGCUUUCUCGAGAUCGAGAUUGAUUCCGUUGUUGGGGAAUGUCGGCUUCCUUUGGAUAAAUUGUCUGAUCUUCGGGAGGUGGUGCGAGUGGCGAGCGCUUUGCGGAAGAUUACGUUGCAACGACUUCAGUCCCUAUUGGGCAAAUUGAACUUUGCCUGUCGGAUUAUGCCAAUGGGCAGAGUGUUCAACCGGCGCCUGGCGGCCGCUACGGCUGGGAUUUUGAGGCCGUCUCACUUCGUCCGCUUGACCAAGGUGCUCAGGGAGGACUUGGCAGUAUGGGCAGUCUUUCUGGAUGGGUACAACGGCAGGUCCUACUGGCAGCAGCCCGAGGUGACGAACUCGGUGCUGCACCUGUUUACGGAUGCCACGGGGUCUUCGGGCUUUGGGGCUAUUAUGGGAAAGCAAUGGUGUGCAGAGCCUUGGCCCGAAUCGUGGUUCACCUCUGGCCUGACCAAGAACAUGGCUUUCUUGGAACUCUUCCCCAUUGUGGUGGCUAUCCAUCUUUGGGGGCCAGAGAUCAAGAACAGGCGUGUCGUGUUCCACUGUGACAACCUGGGCGUUGUCCAGGCCAUCAAUAGGUUAACGGCCUCCUCCCCUCCGGUGGUUCGGCUCUUGCGGCGCUUGGUUUUACAAUGCCUGUCUUUUAACGUGACUUGCCGCGCUGUGCAUAUCCCUGGUGUGGAGAAUACCACGGCUGAUGCUCUUUCUCGUUUCCACUGGCAGGUGUUUCGUUUGGCCGCGCCGGAAGCAGAUACGGAAGGCCUCCCCUGUCCCAGAGAGUUAUGUCUUAGGCAACUUGGGUUCGGUACGGUAAGGCAUGGGGGGACUGGGUCGCUUUAGAACAGGACCUAGGUGGGUUCGCUUCAACUUCUGCAAGGGUUCAGGGGAUGUUGCGGUUGCUCUGGUUCUGGGAGGCUAGCGGGUGUUCUCCGGCUACGGUCUCAGGGAAGCUAUCGGGUCUUAGUUUCUGGUUCAACUUGACUAAGGUGCCCGACGUUACCAAGGACUGCAUGGUUCGGCUUGCGAUGUGCGGCUGGCGUAAGGGCCCACACCUGCGGGAUUCUCGGAGGCCGGUUUCUGGUGCUCUGCUGGUAGGUAUUGCGUCGGUCUUAGCCAGGGUUUGUUUUUCUGAUUUGGAGGCACGUUUGUUCCAGGUGGCUUUUACGUUCGCCUUUUUUGGCGCUCUUUGGAUCGGCGAGCUUGUGAGCCCUAGCAAACGGAUCCUGGGGGGCUUGUUGUUCAACGAUGUGUCUGUUGUGUCGGAUUUGGUGCGGAGGUCCGAAACCGACAUCUUCGGCAAGGGGACAUGGGUUACCCUCCGCGCCAUUCCUGGUUCGGCUGUCUGCCCUGUUGCAUCCUUUCAGUCUUAUUGUCUUGGUCGCCCGGGUGUGGAGGGUCCUCUAUUAAUUCAUGGGGAUGGUUCCUUCCUUUCUCGCUUCCAAUUUCUCCGGGUCUUUCGGCUGGCACUCGACCAACUGGGUAUUUCGAGUGCAGACUUUGGGGGGCAUUCUUUUCGGAUUGGGGCUGCAACUGAAGCCUUCCGUUUAGGUUUUUCGGACCAGGCCAAUCAGAGGAUUGGCAGAUGGGAAUCGGGGAGGUUUCGGUCCUAUGUACGGCCCACACGUCUGAUCGGUUUCCCCCUUGUGUUUUCUCCACAGGGCCCGGCCAACGGAUCUGGCUGAUCGGUCAUUCUUACAUCUACUGGGCUCACCUGCGGGCAGGGGUACGCCCAGGUGGGACACGGCUCGGAAUACCUCGGGAGCUGGCGGAGGUCCGGUGGUUCGGGUUCCGGGGCAUGAGAUGGGGUCAGCUAUUGCCGGAGGUCGUGCAGUUAUCCACUUUAUUAGGAGCCCCGGAUGUCUUGGUGGCAGAGUAGUUAAUGAUCCCCAUUUCUUUUUAGAUCUAGAAUCUGAUAAGGAAGAGCAGAACCUGGACAUGGUGAAGAGGAAGCGGAACCAACACAAGCAGUUCUGGAGCUCCAGCUUGAGCUCCAACAAAAUGUCGCCACCUUGA